AUGGAAACAGCAUCGAAACUGUGUUUCCAUUUUUCAAUAAUCGACAGUUGGAACAAAGGACGGUCUUCAUCUGUUGGUGGGACUGGAUACAGAAAUGAAGGAGCAAGGGGGCGUCGAAACUAUGGCGGCAGCGGCGGCAGGGGAUAUAGCCGGGGAGAGUUUGGCAACAGGAGCAGCAAUGGAGGAUAUUCAAACCACCGUGGAGGUGAUGGAUAUCAGAGGGGUGAGCACAUGGGUGCUGGUGGUGGCCGUGUGAACCGCUCUGGUGAACGAACUUUCAAUGCAGCCGCAGCCAAGAAUGUGGCACCAAGGGUACUAUCUGCCCCUGCUUGA